AACGAUCGCGGGCCGAGGUUGAUCAGUUGUUGUACGUCUCCUUAGAGAGACAAGUUGGUGAUUAUCGUGUUGGAAGUGUUCUCUUGACACUUGACGUUACGAAUUAUCGAAUUGCUUGUAAGGUUUCUUCGGAAUGAAAAUGGUGUAAGAACGAGUAUUGCAAGGAAGAUGAGCAGGAUCGCGAAAAUGGCCUGUCCGGGAGGUGGCUUGUACGUCGUCGAAGGCGAAGUCUGCCUCCUGUUGACAGCUAUGAGACGAGGUGCACGAUGGUCCUCGCACUCCCAUCAGGACGACGAUCAGGACACUCUCGUGAAAGGUUUAACCACCUUGAAGGAGGCACUGCACGAAGCUAAAGAUUUGUCUCAAUUAGAACCAGGAGUGUUCCUAGCUCCGUUCCUAGAAAUUAUCAGAUCCGAAGAAACAACAGGACCUGUUACUAGCCUUGCAUUGUCUGCAGUUAAUAAAAUGAUAUCUUAUGGUCUUAUUGAUCACGAUCAUCCUGCGAUAGCACAAUGCGUAGAGGCUGUAGCUGAUGCUGUUACACACGCAAGGUUUGUUGGAACCGAUGCAUCAGGAGAUGGCGUUGUUUUAAUGAGAAUACUACAAGUUUUGAGAGCCCUCAUGUUAUCACCAGCUGGAGACUAUCUUUCAAAUGAAAGUAUUUGUGAAAUUAUGCCAAGCUGUUUUAGGAUAUGUUUCGAGACACGUCUUAGUGAAUUAUUGAGAAGAACAGCUGAACAUUGUUUGAGGGACAUGGUGCAACAUCUUUUCACUCGAUUACCACAGUUUGCAGAUGAUACAAGAGUUCUAUUAAAUAUGAAAAAAAUGAGAACAGACAAUAUGGAAAAUACUCGUAGUAAAAAUAGAAGAAAUAAGAAUCAUUUGAAGCAAAAGGUAAAACCAAAUCUAAAUGACAUAGAUGAUACUGAAACUCCACUUUUGAGUUCUGCUGAUAAGGUGAAUGCAGGUCAUUUGGCAACAACACCUAUUGCUCCUGUAGGAAAUAUAGUUGAUAUGCAGGGUCCCUUGGAUCAUGGAACUGUUGAAAAAAUAGAAGAGGAAAAGAAUGAUUCUAAAGAUAAGAGUGAGAAAGAUAUAAAUGAAAAAAAUGAAAACGCGAAACAGGAAGAUGAUUUAGAUGUUAAUAAGAAAGUAGAAGAUGGAACAGAUGUAAACAAUAAACUGGAAGAUGGUACAGAUCUAAAGAAGAAAGUAGAAGAUGAAACAGAUACAAAGGCAAGCAAAGAAACAGAGAAAAGUACAAAUACCUCGAUAGAAAAAGAACAAGUUUCCCAUGAGGAAAAUAAGAGUAUUGAAAAAGAAGAUACGGAUGAACAGAAUCAUUCCAAGGAAACACCUCCGGUUAAAAUAGAAGAUCAAGUUGAAAAUCAAUCGGUUGGCGAUGACAAAAAUAUUGAUUUAAUAGCAUCUCCAGCGGGAAGUAUAGAAGAUUUAUCGAUAGAUGAAAGUACAAGUAGCACGUAUAAAGCGUCUAAAGUUAAAGAAUCUGAGCAAGUCGAAGAGUACGUCAAUGCUCAAGGAGUUCGUUUCACCCCACUACAGCAAUUAGCGCCGUACGGUGCUCUAUGCAUUCGCGAAUUAUUUCGAUUCCUUGUCUCUUUGUGUAGCCCUCUCGAAAAACAAAAUAAUGAAGUUAUGAUGCAUCUUGGACUGAGUUUAUUGCAAGUAGCCUUAGAAAUCGCUGCUGAUGCUCUUUCCAACUUUCCGUCGUUGCUCGCGCUCGUGAAAGAUGAUCUUUGCAGAAAUCUUAUUCUGCUUCUUGGCACAGAUCGAUUAUCGAUCCUUGCGGCGGACUUGCAAGUAUCGUUUUUAUUAUUCGAAUCUCAAAGAGAACAUUUAAAAUUCCAAAUGGAGCAUUACAUAACGAAAUUGAUGGAAAUAGUAAAUUCUGACUCGAAUAGGAUAUCGUAUGAUCAACGAGAAUUAGCUCUCGAAGCCAUAGUAAGAUUAUGGCGAAUACCCGGAUUACCUGCGGAACUCUAUCUAAAUUACGACUGCGGUUUGUAUUCUACCAAUUUGUACGAGGAAUUAAUGAAGCUUCUGUCGAAGAACGCAUCCGCAUUGAUGGGCAAUAUGUAUAAUAUGCAAUUCAUUUCUUUGGAUGCCAUAAUAAUGUUGAUUUCUGGGAUGGAAGUCAGGUGCAAAGGUUAUAAAGAAUUAUGCAAGCCAUCGCGGCAUAAUGCUUCGCCGAAUCUUCCAACGCGAGAGGAACUGCUCGCUAUAAAGUCAAACAAGCGAUGGUUGGUGCUUGGUACUGAAAAGUUCAACGAGAAUCCACGAGAAGGAAUCGCUAAACUUACGGAACACAAUCUAUUAGGUGGUAGUCCAGGUAAUCCCGAUCCAGAAAAAGUGGCGAAAUUUUUAAAGGAAAAUCCUGGACUUGACAAGAAGGCUAUCGGCGAGUACAUUAGCAAAAAAGAAAAUAAAAACGUUUUGAAUUGUUUCGUUCAUAAUUUCGAUUUGAGAAACACCCGAAUCGAUCAAGCUCUACGACUUUAUCUAGAAUCUUUUAGACUUCCUGGCGAGGCGCCAUUGAUCUCUUUGUUGCUCGAAAAGUUCGCGGAACAUUGGCACGAUAGUAACGGCAAACCGUUUACUUCGGCUGAUGCAGCGUUUACCUUGGCGUACGCUGUAAUCAUGUUGAAUGUUGAUCAGCACAAUUACAACGUGAAGCGACAGAAUAACCCAAUGAACGCGGAUGCGUUUAAAAGGAAUUUGAAGAAGGUUAACGACGGUGCUGAUUUCGAUCAAGACAUGCUCGAUGAAAUAUAUACCUCCAUUAAGAGCGAGGAAAUCGUAAUGCCAGCUGAACAGACCGGGUUGGUGAAAGACAAUUACUUAUGGAAAGUGUUGUUGCGCAGAGGAGCUGGACCCGAGACGACCUAUUUAAAAGUUGGAAACGCUGGCGAAUUCGUAGACAAAGAGCUAGCCGAGCAAGCCUGGGCACCUAUCAUCAGUGCGCUUUGCAGAGCGUACGACAAAGCACCCGACAGGUCUUUGCAACGCCGAGUCGCGGAUACGUUCCUCCGUUGCGCCUCCAUUAGUGCUCAUUACGGCAUGAGCAGCGAUUUAGAUACCCUCGUGGUCAGUUUAUGCAAAUUCACGGGGCUCGCUACCGGCGCUGAACCCGACCAAGUGGUCAUGCAUCUUGGUCGUAGCGGCAAGUGUCAGCUAGCCGCGCGAACUCUAUUCAAAAUCUCUCGCAUGCACGGAGACGCGAUGAGAGCCUCGUGGAAGAACAUCGUCGACUGUCUGCAAUCGUUGUACAAAGCAAGACUGUUACCAAAGAGUCUGAUCGAGGGGGAGGAUUUCAUAGAUCCAUCGGGAAAGGUAUCUCUGCUUCGGGAACCGACUGCGCCGAAGGCACCGCCGGUCGACCAAGGGAUAUUCUCCAGUUUGUAUUCCUACAUAGCUCUGGAUACCUCGCGGAUGUCUCAUCCCGCGGAGGCAACCGCGAGGAAGAAAGCCACAGAGUUCGUCGCCACUUGCAAUCUCAAACAGAUCAUAGAGGAGAGCAAGUUCUUGCAGGUUGAGUCUCUCCGUUCCCUCAUCGGUGCUCUGGUGUUCACGAACUUGAACGAUGAAGACGUGUCGGUGUUCCUGUUGGAGUUGUUGCUAGAGGUAACCAUUCAGAAUCGCGACAGAGUGAUGUGCAUUUGGCCGAUAGUGCAGGCGCACCUAGAUGGCCUGUUGACAACGGCUGCGCGAGAAAAUCACCCUUAUCUUCUAGAAAGGGUGGCCGUUGGAAUGCUAAGGCUAGCGAUUCGAUUGUUGCGAGGAGAGGAAUGCGCGUGGACUGUCUUACUUCCUUUGUUACCUUUGACUCAUCUGCCGUCUGCGACUACCGCACCCCUCGCACGUCAAAUUGCAUACGGUUUAUUCGAACUGUUGAAAACUGGUGCCGCCAACAUUCAUAGCACAGAGGAUUGGAGAGUGGUGUUCAGUCUGUUAGAAUGCGCAGGCGCUGGCGCGUUGUCGCCGAAGCAGUCGAACACGGUUUUAGACGAAGCCACCAAUGCCAGAACGUCGAUGUUGGAUCCUAGGCCCAUCAGUCCCGUGCCCGAAUGGGCGUUAAUGUCUCCUACGGGAACGGAGGCACCUCUGCCAGUUGCCGCUGACACGAUAGUUUUCGAUCGCGACCUGCUACCGCACGAUCCUGCCGCCCUCGCCAAGUGUUGCGAAAGCUUGACGUUUCUAGUCAGAGACGUGGCGCACGUCACUCCGUUCAACUUCGAGUUGUGCAUCCGUUGCGUGAGGACUUUUGCCGAAGCGGUACUUCAGUGUACGGGAAAACGAAGCAGAGUGCACAACACGGCGGAAGAACCCGCCAGCUAUCAGCAGAGUCCACUUCAGCUAUUAGAUUUGAUGUAUACGUUGCACACCAGAACCGCUCAAGUAUUUCGAUGGUGGGCAGAAGAGGGUAACGCCAUGGAAGGAGUGUCCCUAUGGCCGCAGGCAUGGAGGCCUCUAUUGCAAGGUAUCGCAAGAUUAUGCUGCGAUGCUCGCAGGCCAGUUCGUACCGCGGCCAUAACGUAUCUUCAGAGCACGUUGCUCGCCCACGAUUUAGCUCAAUUAUCCGCGGUGGAGUGGUCUCAGUGUCUAGAACAGGUACUGUUCCCUCUGCUGGCUCAACUACUAGGACCGAUAACGUCGAACGAUCCUCUCGGCGUGGAAGAGACGAGAGUCAGGGCGGCGAUGCUACUGUCCAAAGUCUUUCUUCAUCACUUGACUCCUCUGCUGAGCCUUCCCGGGUUCUUACCUCUCUGGCUCACCGUUCUAGACUUGCUCCGAGCCUAUAUGCACGCGGACAACAGUGAGCUUCUCUUCGAAGCUAUACCUGAGUCAUUAAAGAACAUGUUACUGGUGAUGUCAUCCGCUAACGUGUUAGCCCCCGAUUCUAAUCUGUGGGCGCCCACUUGGAGAACAAUCGAUGGCUUUUUACCUUACUUGAAAGAUGAACUUUUCCCCGAACCCCCUCCGCUUCCGCCGCCAUUGCAGACACAGCAAACUUCGCAAGUCAUCAGUCUGGUGGAGCAGCAGCAACCUUCGUUCCCUGGAUCCAUAGCGCCUCAGCCAGAAACCGCGUCAGUCGAUCAAACGGAACAUUCGCCGUGUCAAGAAAUAGAGACAUCUGUGCUCGCUAACGAAACUCCGAAUUCUAGCCCAACGAACAAUCUCAUACCCAUCUCGAUACCUCUGGCGCCCUUGUCGUUCGAGAACAAAGAAUCGCAACAGGUGAUCACACUGGUGAAUCAACAGCCUCCAAGCGUUUCGAGUCCAGUCGCUGUGCAACCAGCCGCGCAACAAGUGUUCGACGUAUACCAACCAAUCGACCACGCGAACAUCGAACCUCUAGACCAAAAACUACGGUCAACAACAAAAGAAGAGGAUCUCGAGCGAUUACCAAAGAUUAGUCAGAAUAACAAGCAGGAUCACGAUGUCCUGGCUAAGUACGAAGAAUGGAGGCAACAGCAUCUGGAUGGCUCGCCGUUGCACCAGAACUCUGUGCAACACUUACUGUAUAAGCAGGAACCGCAAGAUGUCGGAGCAGUGAACUCUUCGCACCGCGAGAACUCGUCCGAGACGACAGCUGUAGAUUCUACGGCGGCGACGAUGUUUAAUUCUGCGGCAUAUUUUAGCGAGGAUCCCGCGGCGGAUCGACUAUUCGCCGUGACUAAUCCUUGACCACUGUACAUUCGUUAUGUAUAUUGUAUGAUAUAAAUAUUUCUAUGGAACACGAAAA